AUGAUCGAGGACGAAGACGCUGCCAUCGGCAAACUCGGAACAGAGUUUGACGACGUCGGAUGCCUGCUCAUUUCGGAAGUCGAGCUGGUGUUCUCGCAGCCCGACUCGCUCGGAUCCAUGGCGAACGACGCUGGAGCUGGAGGUCGGGACGAAGUGGCGACUGCAGUGUUCUCCAAAACCAAAGACUACGUAUCCGAAUUCUCCCGCUACAAAGACCCAAACACCAUCCGUGAGAUCCGAGAGCUGCUGCUCAAACACGCCAAGCUAGACGACAAGCUGCUCGACGACGAAGGCAACGAGAUCCCCGACGACGAAGCCAAUGCUGGACUGCAGCUGACGCAGUUCGAAAUGGCGCAACUCGCCAACCUGUGCAUCACAGAGGUCGACGAGGCCAAAGCCUUGAUCCCCACCUUGUCGACGAGGGACGAUGCCUUGUUGGAUAGCUUGUUGCAGGAGUUGGAUAAUAUUCGCAGGUUCUCCUGA